AUGCCCGAGGACCCCGCCAUGCGCAAGUUAGUCGUCGACGACCCCGAAAACGCGAACACGCGUGUAAAAAACGCGAACACGCGUCUUCCUCCUCCGGAGAAGCUGAGGAGGCCGAGGUCGUACGGUGCGAUGGCUCAGCGUGGUACCAAGUUUGUCGCGGCCAUUAACGACCUGAUGGCCGAGUACGAGGCGGACCUGUCUAAGGUCGAACGUCGCUUGGACGAGGACCGAAAUGAGACCGAGGCGUCAAAGGCGAAGCUGGAAGAGGCUCAAAACGAAGCCGCGGCGGCGAAGGGGAAACUCGACGAGGCGAUGUCCAGAGUGUCGAGGCUGGAAGAGGAGAAAAUAGUUCUCCGCGCCAACAUUGACAAAGUUUCCGCCUCGGUGAUUCGCCUGGAGGAGGCAAGGAGAGCCAAAAGCGCCGAGGUGGCGUUGCUGAAGAGGCGUAUCGAGGCCAAGGACGCCUUGUUCGACGUCAAGGUCAAGCGGGCGAAAAAGGAGGCGAGGCGAGAGCUUACGGCUAAGUUUCAGGAACGCCUCGCCAAGGUAGAGGAAGGUUUGGUCAAGCUCGAGAAGGCCAAAAAUGAUGAGAACGAUCUGGGGCAGAUCAAGGGAAAUCUUGCGAUGAUUUCCGACCUGAAGAAACCGGACGCCCCGACGCUUGAUGACGAGGAGGCGAAGCUGAAAAGCUGGGAGAGUGAGUAUACCGACGACGAAACGUACGAGCGUAUUGCUUCCGAGAUUCGAGGCGAGCUGUUUUACUCUCCCGUAUCGCCGGACUCGGUAGACACCAGCAUUGGCAACAAGUCGCUUGAAGAGACAGCGGCCAACCUGGGUGUCGUUGAUCCGACCGGAUCGAACGCGGGGACACCGGCCCUCUCGAACCUCCGUGCCGAGCGCGAGACGCUGUCCGCAGCUUGA